GCGGAAUGAAUAAACAAUACUCGAACUACUCCGAUAAAAACAAACACGAAAUGGGAGUAACCAUAGCAUUACGCCUCCCGUAUCGACUCACGAAGCUCUGACCGCAAGUCCACAGACCUGAGACGAUCGACAUCCCUGUCGUAUCAACGUCCUUCCCCAGAACCUCCCCACACGUCCAAUGAUCCGCCAACGCAGAGGCACGAGAGCCGGAUCUCUCUCCUCACGUCUUCCCCCCUAACAACCCACCGCAAAAAUGGCUCCCCACCUGCAAACACGCCGACCAACCUACCCACUCGCACAUGCCUUCCGCCAGAAGCCCCGCCGUCUCCCCCUGGUGCUGCGCUUCGCAAAAGGCGCAAUCCACGGCAUCAUCCUGGUGCCCGUAGUCCUGCACUCGCUCUUCACAGUACUAAUCGUCUACCUCGACACCUACGUCGCAGGCAACCUCAACAUCCCCUCGACCAUCAUCCCCUCACUCUCCAUCGUCGUGGGCCUAAUGCUCGUCUUCCGCAACAGCACAUCCUACGACCGCUUCUGGACAGGCCGCAACUGCCUGACCACAAUCAGCACCAGCGUGCGCAACCUAGCGCGCAUCUGCCUCGUCAACUCGCGCAGCAAGGACGGCAAAGCGACGGAAGCCGAGCGCCGCGACACAGAGAAGAUAGUCCGCGUGCUAAUCGCAGUCCUCUACGCUAUCAAACACAACCUCCGCGCCGAAUUCAACAUCCCCCCCGCUAGCCUCGCCCCGGCCUUCCAACCCGUGUCUUACGCCCGCUCGCGCCCCAUGUCCCGUCGACCGAGCUACGUCGACCGCACGGCCUCCGCGCCCGCAACACCCACAGCCAGCACCCCACUGCUGGCCCGCAAUCCCUCCGCCCUAGAAGCCGGGGACAGCCCCGUCCCAACAAAGAAAAGCGAAUACGUCUCCCUCCUCCCCGACGGACUAAUGGGCUACGAAGACCAAGGCCUCGGCCUCCCACUCCAACUCACCGUGCUGGUAGAAAGCUUCAUCCGCCGCGGCGUGGACAGGUCGUGGUUCCACGCCCCCCUCGCCUCGCAAAUGACCGUGCAAAUCAACAACCUCGUCGACGCAUACGGGCGCAUGGAAACCAUCCGCAGCACGCCCAUCCCUGUCGCGCACCUCAUCCAUCAGAAACAGGUGCUUGCGCUGUUUACCUGCGUGCUGCCGCUCGCGAUUGUGGACGACUACGGGUGGUGGAGUAUCCCCAUUGUGGCGAUUGUGGCGUUUACGCUGUAUGGGAUUGAGGGGAUUGGGAUGCAGCUUGAGGACCCGUUUGGGUAUGAUAAGAAUGAUAUCAAGAUGGAUGGGAUUGUUGAGGAUACGCGACAGGAGGUUAUGGUGCUGUUGGAGGAGUGGAAGGCGACGGCUGAGGGGACGGCGUUGGGGGGGAUGUUUGGGGUGAAUGAUUAG